CAGUAGCUUAUAACAGUCCAGCAUCUAUUAUCAUGCAGCACUAGCAAUCAACAUUCCAAUCGAACUGUAGUCCAGUGAUCAAAUUUCAUACAGUGGCUGAGCUGACGAGCUUAGUCAAGUCAGUGAGCAGCUGACAUAUGCAAAGUCGAUCAGUCAAAAUCCAGUGUUCUGAUUGGUCUAGAUGCUUAUUUCCAUGGAAACAAGCGAUUGUUUGCGAAUUUGACUGAUCUGUGGGGAGUUCUGACCGAUCUACAAAAGUCAGGGGUGCCCCAUUUGUCGGAAUAUCAUUAAUAUUUGCCGCAGCACGCGCUCAUUCGAAGUGUCAUGUUAAACGAAAGAUUCAAUUUAAAGAUUUCUACGGAAAAUUUGGGAAUGUCUGCUGCUCCUUGGCUUGUAGUAUUUACGAAACGGUCAGUCCGCAUUUGCGGUGAAUCAUUUAGCUGUCUUACAAGACUGUUGGGCUGAUCGUGGGAGAAAAAUUGACGCUAUAUCGGAGAGUUAGUUUCAGUUGAGCAGUUGCUAGGCGCAAUGAGUAGCACAAACUACAGUUUGACUGUUUGAAUAGAAGUACUGGCGCCGAGAUCUUUAUUCUGAAGAGUACAGUAAGGUAAAUUUAAUGUGAUAUGUCAAUUUUAUUUCGUUUUAGGCAGUAUAACAAUAUUUGUAAGCGAACAAGAUGCGUGCCAGGCAGAUGUAAAUACACGUAUCUUGAUUGAGAUUUAGCUAUGAAUAUUGAUUUACACAACAAAUUUGCAUAUCUAAAGCAGUAUACAUAGGGUAUAAAGUCAGUUUUAUAAAUGAAUGUUAAUGUAAGACUUUUAUAAUAUUGAUAUAUGGUCUAUUUGAGCAAUAUGACACUGUAGUGAUUAUUAGCCAAGUGGUCAAUGACUCCACAAGGCUAUUAUAGGCAACAUAAAUUAGUGUAGUACCAUCUGUAAUUUGAUAAAAUGAAACAUCUUGCACAAUGAUCACAUUUCUGCAAGUACUUCUUUACUUUUCCGUAAGGAGGGAGUUAUAUAAUUAAUUGUGAGAGUCAGUGAGACUGAAAAUUGCUAUAAUUGUCUCCCAUUUCAUGAGGUUAAUUUUUGGUUGAAGCUGCUCUCAGAGCAUUUCAAAUGGAGUUCCUGAGGUUCAAAAAUAAAACAUUUUCUGGGGGCAAACCCCCCUAGACCCCUUGGGGGACAGAACCCCGGCCCCCUAAGCACCUCGCGCAUUCACUGCUCGCGAAACUAGAGAAAAUUUUGACUAACAUAUGAAAAAUCCUGGAUCCGCCCCUGGAUUUAGAAACACAUGCUCGAAUUUCACGAAUGAAGAUUGGACUAGGUAUUUCGAUUAUAAUUUGCUUUAUUAUACACAAAAUAUAAACAUAUUCUCACCUGAACAUUAUACUAACAUCCCUCAUGUAUUGCUAGUGAAAAUCCAGUCGAUUCUUAUCAAAAAUAGUUAAAUUUUGAACAACCUAUUCACAAAGUCGAAAAUAAAAAUUUGAAAAGGCUAAAUUGCAGAAUACCCGUCCACUGGUCAUAUUUCACUGCGUAGCCAUAUUUUCAGUACCUAUGGCUACGUAGUCACACUCUAUCAAAUUACAAUAUCAAGGAAAUAUGUCAUUCUAUCAAUGUCUCACUGUGUACCCGUGUAGCUGCAUAGCCACUAAAAAAUAUAUCUACCUUAGUAAUUACGUCAUUAUAUCAAUGUCUCGUUCUUUCAAACAUUCACUGCGUAGCCACGUAGCCACUAAAAAAUAUAUCUACAAUCAGUGACAAAAGGUUUUUGGACAGUGAUAUAAUAUAGACAUAUCUGCGCAUUUCCAAAUACUGUUCAGCUUAAUAACACUAUCCCUACCUCCCCCACCCUAAACAAUGUUGGGUCGCUGGCAAGGAACAUUUUGCGCAGGUAUUUCCACACACAACAUUGAACGGGGGGUGCAGGGGGUCGAUUAUGUUGUAAACGUACGCUGUUUAGCUAUUUUGUCCAAAGUGUUUUGUCACUGAUUGUACCUUAGCAAUUACAUAAUUAUAUCAAUGUCUCUUUCUUUCAAAGACUCACUGCGUAGCCUUGUAGCCACUAAAAAAUAUAUCUACCUUAGCAAUUACGUCAUUACCCUUACGAAAAUUUCCUAUAGGAAUUCCUAUAGGAAAUCAAAAUUCCUAUAGGAAUUCCUAUAGGAAUUGAAAAUUCCUAUAGGAAUUCCUAUAGGAAUUUUUAUUUCCUAUAGGAAUUCCUAUGGGCAUUGAAAAUUCCUAUAGGAAUUCCUAUAGGAAUUGAAAAUGGUGGAAAAAUUCCUAUAGGAAAAAAUAUUCCUGUAGGAAUUCCUAUAGGAUUGGAAAAUGGCUAUAGGAAUUCCUAUAGGAAAUGAAAAUUCCUAUAGGAUUUGAAAAUGGUGAAAAAAAAAUCCUAUAGGAAAUAAAAAUUCCUAUAGGAAUUCUUAUAGGAUUGGAAAAUGGUGGGAAAAAUUCAUAGCCUAUACCACUAUGGCCUGAUACAUGCAUGGGUAUAAGAACUUUACUUAUAUAAAAAAUUAUACAGAUAAAUAUAAUUUACGAAAUAACUCCUUCCUACAGGAAUUUCUAUUUCUUAUAGGAAUUUUUUCACCAUUAUCAUAUCCUAUAAGAAUUCUUAUAGGAAUUUUAAUUUCUUAUACAACUACACUAUUCCUAUAUCGUAUUUCACUCAUAGACAUUUAUUGCUGACGCAGCGAGCGAGCCUGAAGCGAGCGAGCAAGUCAGCAAUUCUAAUUCGUAUUGGGCUCUGAAAGUAAGAUUUUACUUCCGUUUCUCCGACCAGAAUGCACAGCUGUUAACCGACCAGAAUGCAUCACUGUUAACCGACCAGAAUGCUUUGCAUGCAUGAUGCUAUAAAUACGGGGAAUUUCAUCAAAUUUCAUUAACGUCAUGCAUUAGUCGGUUUAUAUAAGCCGCUAACGAUGAAGUUGUUUUGAUGUAUUUUGUAUUCAUUGUAUGGUCUGUAAUUUCUGGCUGGUCUUACGCUAUAUACUGUAUACUGAAUUUGCUUAUUGCAAACAAUUUAUAACGCUUGGAAGCGAUAUUUCUGCGUUUGUGUUCUUCGCCUUAUCUUGUUUUCUCUUUCUUAUAUCAUUUAGCACUUAGCACUAUAUACUAAGUAAAGUCAACAUUGUAAUUGCACGGCAGCUGAAAGCGUUCAUUUCAAGCGUUAAAAGCAAAUCAAUUUCAUCUCGAUUGUUGUUGACAGUUCGUCUGCUGACUUUUUGUUUGAAUUGAAUACGAUUUGAAUAUAACGUAAUUGACACGGAGACAUGGCAUCAACAGUUUGGCAACUGCCAACUAUGACUAUAGUCAGUAUGGCAUUUUGAAAGAACGAUGCUUUGCAUGCGUGCUAUUUCAUGGUUAACUCAUUAAGUUGCAGACUGUUGCAACAUUGGCACUCCCCAAGUUGCAAGGAAAAUGGCGAAUUUUAGUUACUGUCAACUGCUUUUACAAAAAUACCCAUAUCUCAAGAUCAAUGUUAUAAAAAACCUCGAAAUUUUGCAGUGGGUUAAAUGAUAAAUGAUUAAUCAAUUCUAUUUUAAAUGAGCUCCCAAACUUAAAUAUAUCAUUAGAUUUUUGGGUGAGAAUUCUUGGUUUGUGUAAAUUUAAGUCUCUGACAUUUUGCUUCUUCAUGACACCCAACAUCUGAAGGGCAAUAAUUCAAUAACCCAACAUAAAUGGAGAAAUAUUUUUUGAUUCCUGGAUUGGUACACAUUUAUUUUCAAAUUAGUUUUCAUCUUGUAGGGUAUAAAUUACAAAAUAAUGAAACGCUAUAAAAAUUUGCUUGGGCAUAGCUCAGGCACACUCAGGACAUCUAGUUUACAAUGGAGAACUUGAACUUCAGAACUUGUUGUUCAAGUCCAAAAACUCUGUAACCCAAAAAUACAGUGUUUGUACCUCUUUGAAGUUUUUAAAUAGCUCAAAUAUGUUUGGAAAAACACGAAGUACAAAAAUUACUAAUUAAAAUAUAAACAAAGGAUGAAAAAGGUGAGAAAAUUUUAAAAUAUUUGAGGUGUUUUCAAUUCUGACUUUGACAGCCGGCAUUUUCAAACGCAGCAUGCGGUGAUAAAACAAAAGGCUUUUUAUUUCGCUAUCAAGAGCACUGAAAGUCGUCAAAAAGAGAUAAACACUUUUGAAUAUUCAUCAGGUAAGAAUUUUAACUGAAAUUCCUUUUGUUUCUGUUGACAAAACAACAGAUUUGUGGCUAAAACGUCGUGCGCGCCAAUGUAGGUUGCUGUAAAAUGUCAGACAGGCGGUUUCUUUUGAAAUCUGACUCUAGUUUGAAAUCUGACUCUAGCUUGAAAUAAGUCCUUUUCAAGGACCAAUUUACGGACCAAUUGUAUAAAAAUAUAAUAUGUAUUCUCAAAUAAAAUGAAUAAUCUAAUAUUUAGGCAUUUUAGAUUGCGAUAAAAGAGUGAAAUAAAGUAUUUCAUCUUUGGUUGUUUGUCAGACGAGAGUAAACACAUUGGUGACACUUUGUUGCGCAUGCAGUUUUCAAAAGAUAAACUGCUAAAAAUAUAGCUUUUAUUUCACCAAAUAGCAAAGUAUCUUGCAGAUAUUAUUAAAAGAGCUCAAGCGAAGAAAUUCCAUGAUAAAUAAGUGAACAAUGAGGUAAAAAAAGCGACUAAAUUACAAUUUUGGAAAGUACAUAAAUUUAAUGGCUUCCCGCAAAAGAAGCCAUUUCAGAGGAGAACGGCAUUUUGUAAACUACUCUCUGACCUAUUUUAAACUUUUCCUUCAGGUAAUCGAUGAGUACUUCUUAGAAAAUGAGCGUACAUUAGUUUUAUGAUGUGCUUUAUUGAUUUAAAAAUUUUAUGGGGAUAUAUGAAGCAAUAAAGUGUAUUUUAGAAGCUUUUCAAAUCCCUGUCAUGAAGGUUCAGAAUUCGCACACGCCAAGUAACGGCAUAAUUCAAUACACUGAUUUUAAACCACAUUAUCUCUGAAAUGAGAGCUCGUUUCGAGACAAAGUUUAUAGAAACGGAUAUAGUAUUCAUUGUAGAGUAUUCUACUUAGUUUUAAUGCAGUUUUACUCGAAAUUUUUCUUGCCAAAAAUGUAUAUACGCACAUGACAAGUUGAACCUACUGUCUUCUGAAAGUACUUCGGCUAUAAUAACAACUUGAGCAAGACGACCAACAGUAGGGUCACAAAAACAGUCGAAAUCAUGCCAUAAAAUGCACGAAAAUUUCUUCUAAAAACUUAGUUUUACACUAGAUUGAACUUCCUUUAAUGCUAUAUCGUAUUUCAUGAAAACAUGCCAGGUAUUUUCAUUCAAAAACACGCUCAAAAAUAUCGUAACUACUCACUUGGAUUUAGUGUUCAUGUUUCUUGCGAUUUCCCACUUCACUUUUCCGUUAGAUUGAAAGAAAUUGCUGUUUUUCUGGCUGAAAAUUGCGCGACUUCAUUUGGACAAGAACUUGACUUGAAACAUAUGCACACUCCCUUAUGUUUUACAAUAUAUUUUAUAUGUAAAACACUUUAAAAACCUCUUCUUUUUCAUCCUUAAAACUUGCUGCAAAGUCCUAUCUUGUGACACUUUGCGGUUGUCACAGGUUUUGUAAAAAAAUAGAGUUUAAAAUCGAAAAUCUUCGCAACCUUUUGAUCAAUUUUCUCGCAUGAUGUAUCGUUUGAAAGCCCGAAUUUUGCACUUUAUACUCGUGACCGUUGCCAGGCAACCUGAUAAACACACGCUAGACAAUCGUGCCCGGAAGUUGACGUGUCAUCCAGGGCGCAUGAGGGCGCAAUGAGACUUACCCCAUUCCCAAUUCCAGGGUGCAUGGGGGCGCAAUGAGACUUAAUGAGUUAAUUAAAUGUACUUUUGCCUGCUAAAAAGCAUGGUACACUACACUGUAUACACAAUAAUAUGAUGUUAUGCAUGCAUGUGCAUUGUUUAAGCAUUGAUCAUGUUUUUGUUAUGUUAGGCAUGUGUCGAAUCAGUGCCUUAAUUUAAAAAAAAAACAAUGUCCUCAUGCAACUCUAUAGUUAUCGAAGUAACAUGAUGGCUUUAAUUUGACGUUGUUGGAUGCAAGUUUUGCUCCAUGUUGUUCGGUAUUCAGUUCUUAAAGACUUCCCAUCAGUAAAAAUUUAAAAGAAAGGCAAUUUGGCGAAGAUUGUAUUCAAGUGAAGUAAAACAUCAGCUACAAGCACUUUAAUUUAGCCUGGUUCACAUAUGCCUGCGGUAUUCCGGCGCUAUCAUUGUUCACAGCUGCAUGUUGAUGCUUAUAUUCUCAGUUUGUGAAUUAUUUGGUUGCACUGCUGUAACGACAAUAACCCGCCCACGGUAUACAGGGUGUCCCAAAAACUAUUGAAAUAACGUAUUGUGAGAAUUUGAAUGCCCUAGGCUGAGUUUGACUAAUGGUCGCGUGUCGCGGGUAAAAAGUCGCGGGUCGUAAAAAAGCUCCAAACCAUGUAUUUUAUUGAGGCGCGGGUUGAAUAAAGUGUGUAAAAAUCACGUUAUCAUUUAGUAAACAACUAUAUAGGCAUAGGCGUAUUGGACGGGGGGCAGGGGGGGCAGCUGCCCCCCCCCCAAAAAGAAUAAAAAGUCGGGCAAAUGUUCAACAAAAGUCGGGCAAAAGUAGUCAAAACAAGAAAAUCUCUCUUAAUAAUAACCCCAGUUUGUUGGGCAAAUAAAGCCAGUUGGGCAAUAUUCGCUUCACAGUCGGGCAAUAUUUGGUUAUUAUAAAAAUAAAUGGGACAAAUUCUGUCAAUUUUCUGGGAAAUGAUGUCAAUUUUUCGAUGUUUGGGAAAAUUUGUUUGAUGUUCCGAAAAAUUUAGGUAUGUCCGGAAAAUUUUUGGACCCCUAAAAUGGUGCACUGAGCGGUUGCCAAAAUAAAUUGUUCCGGGAAAAUUUUUUUCGGCAUUUGUCGGGCACAAUCCAAAAAAGUCGGGCAAAUUUCUUUCUGCCCCCCUAAUUUUUUCCUUCCUGUACGCCUAUGUAUAUAGGAUUGCUUCAAUACGAAAUAUUGCCCAAGAGCCUUUUGUCAUGAUUUAAUUGUUCUAUAUAAACGUCCCUAGGCUCUACUCUCUACAGAGUGAGUAAAUAAACUGAUACCUUCAUGGCUAAUUUGAAUAACAAAGGUGUCAGGUUUUUUUACUCACCCUGUAGCACUAAAGCCUGGUUCACACGAUGAAACUAGGGAUCCAAGGAUAGUGUGAAGUUUCAAAUUUAAAAAGACACUGCAAAAACUAUAUAGGGUCGCCGACAACCUAGAAAAGCUUGAUUGCUUACACUACGAAAUAAACAGUUACCAAAGGCAUUUCAUCUCAUUAUUUAUUGCUUUUAAUGCGAAACAAGCCUAACACAUCAGAAACGUGCCUUGUGAAACUGAUGCAAUUCAUCUAUUUAUUGUGUCACCAACAACCAAAUUUUGCAUAUUCUAAAUUUCCAUUUGCAUUUGCAGCUGUCGCUGAAAGCAUCCCCACGAGGCUACUGCUAUGCUAAAUUUAUCUAAUAAACUAUAAUUGAAAUAGCUGUAUAAGAUAUGUUAUGAAUAAUAAGCACUACGUCGUUACAUCAUUAAAAGACACAUUUUAUCCUCAUCCAUUCCGUAUUUUAUCCGCAUAUCCGUUCCGUGGAUCCGCUCCAUGCGCUUCCGCAUUUUAACUUAAUUGUGACAUGUUUCACAAUAACAAGUUUCAUUGACCUUUGACUUUUCCCAGUGUGACGUGUGUCUAUUUUCAGCUUUUCGCAUGUGUUGAAUAUAAAUAUCACUUUAGAUUUCAAUAGUUUCACAGUUAUAGCAGUAUUUAAAACAUUUUUGACAAGCUUUGAUACAGUUCUGUCUGUACAGAAUACUACAGAUUGAUUCUCGUAAAAUCUGGUAGAGUUAUCGUUGCACUGAAUACGAGUUUGCACCGUUGACAACGGCGUUGUGCUAGACACUAGACAGUAAACAAAGACAAGGGACAAGGUCCGUGAAUGUACACAUUGGUUACAUGUACCUCCUUGCUUUUUUCUUCUAUUGCAUAAAGCUUGUUGGCGAGCCAAUUAAGCGAUUAGCGAUAACACGUUGGCGAUAACACCUAAACGCGUUGGCUAUCUCCUCGUCUUUCUUAUUUAUACAAGGAGCUAUUGUAUAAUAGGGUCGAAUUACAAUUCGGUGCGGUGUCUUCAAUCUCCGAUUAAUUAAGCUUCUAAAAAAGUCAAAACUUAAAGAAAUAAAGCAAAUUUGGUGUCAUAAUAUAUCUAAGUAUAUUCUUCAUCUGUCUAUGGUAAUUUCGCUGAAAAACACUGUUUGUCUCAAUAUAUUUUGGAUUUUUAGUAUUGCGUCGACUUGGCAUCAUCUCGUGUCUAUUGCUACGAACUGUGCCGAUCUUCAAGUUUUUACCGAAUUACUAGACUUCUACAAAGUUACGCCAUCCAAGUUUUUCCCAGUGGUUUACAUAAAAUUUGCUCAAUCACUCUCAAGUCGUGGUAUUUUGUGGUAUAAUAUUAUUCUAAAAAAUCAAGAUUUUAUUAUUUUGUCCGUUGGUGUUGGAUUUUAAAUUUUUCGCGGCGUCUAUAUCGAGUUUCCCUGGCAACAAGAACAUUUGUUUGUAUCACGAUAUUAGCUGCUUUAUUUUGAUUUUCGUCGCUGGAUCUGCGUGUCGGAGACUUUUCCUGUCAUUUUGUUAUAUAUUUUGUCUUAUUCCGUGGGAUUUUUCGCGAAUUAUAAUACUUUGUUCUUUGUGUUCACUGCGUCUCGAAAGUUAAAGUGCGACAUUUUGACCCCGAUCAAGUUUCACAGUCUCAACACAUCAAGUCAUUGAAUAAAUCAUCUCCAGAUAAAAUUACCUCAUCACCUCCUGGUUUCAUGGCGAAAACAGCUUUUCUUGCUCCAAUUAUUAUAUUAAUUUUUGCAUCGGUUUUACAUCAAAAUCUAAAUGUCAAUCCUGGCCUGUCCUACAAUCUACCUGGUUUUGGACUGAACGUCCCAUUCGCUCGCAGUGAAGCAAUACCUGUUGGCCUUGAAGCAUGUCUCGCAACUUUCUCCGCAUCUAGAUUUCGCGGGUCUACCAUCCUGACUAAAAGCCAUAAUAACCAACUUAAACUCCUACUGUCUAUACUCCUUUCAUGUGGUGAUAUCCAAAUUAAUCCUGGCCCUAUUACGAGGUACUCUUGUGAGAUAUGCAGAAAAUCUAUUAAGUCCAACGUUCAAUCCAUCCAAUGCGAAAAGUGUUCAGCUUGGUACCACACUAACUGUUGCAAUGUAAACACCCCAAAUACCCUGUCCGACUCCUGCAUAUGGAUUUGUAAUAAAUGCGACGUUCCUAAUUUCUCUACAUCUCUAUUGAACAAUCAUCUCAAAACGCCAUCAUUACUCUCAAACUCGUUCAGCGCCCUUGAUAAUCAAUCAUCACCGCCAGCUACUCCCUCUAGAGAUUCUAAUACUGUAUUCGCUUCAACCCCCAAUCCAAUACCUAAGUCUAAACGAGUUAAAGCUAAACGUCAUCUAAAAGGAAUGAUCAUCAAUUGUAACGGUUUAAAAGGUACAUCCCGUUUCACAGAAUUUCAAGCUCUACUUGACCUACACAACCCUGAUGUUGUUCUCGGAACUGAAUCCAAGCUACACAAUGAUAUACCCACUUACUCUGUGUUUCCAUCCAACUACACUGUCUAUAGAAAAGACAGAAAUGCAAAUGGUGGUGGUGUUUUUCACGCUGUUAAAUCCGAUAUUGUAUGCGAAGAAUGUCCAAAAUUCGAUGCGAACUGUGAAAUUCUUUGGUCCUCAGUAAAGUUCCAGAAUUCCAAGAAAUUAUACCUAGCAUCCUACUACAGACCUCCCAACUCCUCUUCCGAAGCCCUUGAUGAGCUCCAGAAAUCUAUAAACUGUGUAUUUGAUUCGACUAAUCAUCAUCCAAAUAUCAUUCUAGGUGGUGAUUUUAACCUUGGAGACAUCAACUGGAAAUCUGAGUCUCCAGAACUCUUAAGUGAAAUCAAUUCCUUACAUCAUAAGAAACUUCUCCAGACACUUGACGACUUCUCCCUUACACAACACGUCACGUUACCUACUCGUCCAGCUUCUAACAAAACCUUGGACUUGUUAUUGUCUUCAUUCCCUAAUAAUGUAUCUAAUGUUUCGACCACGUCAGGAAUGAGCGACCAUUUGGCCGUCCUUUUUAACAUCGAUGUCGCGGCUACUAGAUCGUUCAAACCUCCACACAAAGAUUUCAUCUAUAAGAAAGCUGAUUUCACAAAGCUUAAUGAAUUUAUGUCACAUGCAUCGGAAAACUUUUUCCUAUCUAGUCUUCAACAUAACUCUGUAUCUGAAAACUGGUUAAAAUUUAAAUUAACCUUGAUAAAAGGUAUUCAAGAUUAUGUUCCUCACAAGAAAUCUACGCCUAAGUAUAAACUUCCAUGGAUAACCUCUGCUAUCAAACGGCACAUGCGGCUGAAAGAUCGCCUACAUAAAAAGGCUCUCAAAUCUCACAAACCUAAACACUGGGAUGAGUUCAAGAAAGAACGGAACUUAGUCUCUCGUCUCGUCAAACAAUCUCACAGUAGUUAUCUGAAUGACGUUAUUGGCGCAAGCUUACAUACCAAUCCAAAGAAAUUCUGGUCGUAUGUACGUACAAGUAAAUCUGAAAGCUCUGGCAUACCUCCUUUAAAAUUCAACGACAAAUUAUGUGUUUCUGACAAAUCAAAAGCUGACGCCCUUAACUCCCAGUUCCAUUCAGUAUUCACCCGUGAGAAUGCUCCAAUUCCAAAUAAAGGCCAAUCUCCAUACACCUCCAUCUCAAAUUUGAUCAUCAACUCCCAAGGUGUAGCCAAGCAACUCUCUGAACUUAACCCCAGUAAGGCCUGUGGUCCUGAUGAAAUCCCAGCUAGAAUCCUUAAAGAACUUUCUCCAUCAAUUUCGCACUGGCUUUGUUUCAUUUUCCAACAAUCCUAUGAUUCUGGUAUACUUCCACCUGACUGGUCAAAGGCCCUUGUUUCUGCUGUUUUUAAAAAGGACUUAAAAUCCAACCCAGCAAACUACCGUCCAAUCUCUCUGACGUGUCUGUGUUGCAAAGUCAUGGAACAUAUCAUUCUUAGCCAUGUUUCAAAGCACUUAGCAUAUCAUGAUAUUCUAAUUAACGAACAACACGGAUUUCGCAAACUAUUUUCGUGUGAGACUCAACUAAUUACGGCAAUCAACGAUUGGGCAAAAAGUAUCAACCAGAAGAAACAAACCGAUGUGAUUCUCUUAGACUUCAGUAAAGCCUUUGAUUCUGUUCCUCAUCUUCGUCUGAUGUCCAAAUUAGACCAUUAUGGUAUUAGAGGACUUUCCGCCAAUUGGAUCAAGGCUUUUCUUUCCAACCGCUCUCAAGUUGUCUCGGUUAAUGGCUACCACCCUCACCCUCAAACUGUCAUAUCUGGAGUACCUCAAGGAACAAUUCUCGCACCUGUCUUAUUUCUUCUCUAUAUAAACGAUAUUUCUGAGAAUAUUAAAUCCCAAAUUCGCUUGUUUGCUGACGAUGGAAUCAUUUAUAGAGAAAUUAAUAACGAUCAGGACCACGUCACGUUACAAGAGGAUUUAGACAAUCUAAAUAAUUGGGCUAACAAGUGGCAACUAAAUUUCAAUUUCUCAAAAUGCUACCACCUAGGAAUUACAAAUAAACGUGUCCCUGAAACAUAUAGCUAUAUGAUGAAUAAUCAAAUCAUUAGCAGAGUAUCUUCUACCAAAUACCUGGGCAUUACUAUAAACCACGACUUGAACUGGAACAAACAUUGUGACAUCAUAUGUAGUAAGGCAAAUAGCACUCUUGGCUUACUUAGAAGAAUCCUUGGUGAAUGUAGCGCUGCUGUUAAGUCAAGAGCGUAUACUAGUCUUGUCCGUCCACAACUUGAGUAUGCUUCUACAGUCUGGAACCCUUACACCAAGAGGAACAUCAACAAGAUCGAGAUGGUUCAACGCAGAGCUGCUAGAUUUGUCUUCAAUGACUAUUCCAAAGCUAGCCACGUCUCUCCAAUGAUCGACCAUCUGGGUUGGGACAAUCUCCAACAACGGCGACUGCUACACCAAGCCACUAUGUUCUACAAGAUCCAUCAAGGCCUUGUUGGAAUCAGUCUUCCUGAUGACGUGUGUCCUUUGACUAGAGCAUCCAGGCUGCCUAAUAUCUGUCCUUACCGCCAAAUUCAGUCGUGUGUCAAUGUAUAUAAGUUUUCAUUUUAUCCAAGAACAAUCGUUACCUGGAAUCACAUCCCAUUUAACAAUCUUUGCCAAUCAACCCCAAGUUUCAAAACACUUGCCAUGCCUUCAAUUAAGUCACUUAAUGUAGUUAAUUAGUAUCGUUUUGAAUCGUUUGUAUUGUACUAUAUGUUCGUUUUGUAGUCUUAGAGUUGUUGUCGUUGUUGUUGUUGUCGUUUGUCGCUUUUGCCAUUGUUGUUGUUAAGUAAGAGUUAAUUACCGAGAAGCGAGGCAUUUAGCCAUAUACAGCCCGAGGCGCGUAGCGCCGAGGGCUGUAUAUGGAUAAAUGCCGAGGUUCGAGGUAAUUAACUCUUACUUAUUACAUGAUUACAUGACGCGGUUUUCUUUGUUAUUCAUAGACCUUUAUUUUCCAUAAUGUCUUUCAAGUAUAUAAAAGCCCGGGGAGGGAUUUGAUAUUCAGCAGGGAAGAGUGGGGCUGAUGAAUUGAAUUGAAUUACUAAUUAGCUAUUCUAGUGCAAUAUCUGUAUAUUGCGCUGAGCUCCAGUGCAAUAUAUGUAUAUUGCACUCAGUUUGAGUGCAAUAUAUCUAUAUUGCACUUGAAUAAUUAUGUAUUAAAUACCUCAUGAAUAGUUUAAUGAGGCAUUUAUCUAGAUAAAUACCUCAUUAAACUAUUCAUGAGGUAUUUAACUAGAUAUAUACCUCAUGAAUAGUUUAAUGAGGUAUUUAUCUAGAUAAAUACCUCACUAAAACUAUAUUCAUGAUGUACUUAUCUGGGUAAGUACCUAAUGAGAGGUUAGUCUCUUUCCCAACUCGAUAAACGCUGUACCGUCUCCAGUCGGGAAAGAGACAACAGCCGUGUACCUCAGAACCCGUCAAAACUCUACCAUUAGGUAAGAGUAUGUAUCAUUCGGCGCACGAGGACUAGCUGGAUCAACCAUCAAACUUGCUUGUGCAGGGAAUUUAUACAGUAACAUCUGCUCUUUCGCUUGUGGGACGUGAAAUGAUAUACUGCGCAUGCUUGACCACAUUUUAAAGCGUAUAUAGUGCGCAUACUCAGCCUUGUGUUACGUCCCACAAGCGUAAGAGCUGUUUUGUGAAAACCUUCUCAAUCAUGUAAUAAUAACAUAUAACAACAUCAUUCUAUAAUCACCGCCUAAUAUAUGUGUCAUACAGUGAUUAUGAAGACUAAUUUCUUGUAAAUAAAUAUAAAUAUUAUCUAGUUUUUCAGUAUAUAUAAUUCCUCCUAGUGUAGUAUAAUACUGUUUUAGGAGUAUUUCAUUAAAGCAUUAAAGCAUUAAAGGCUUUCCAUUUUUAGUAACUGGAUUCACUCGGAUUUGCUACCAUGGUCUGGAACAUGGAGUAAAUCACGCACAGCAUGUAUUUCAUUUGGUGGUGGUGCAAUGUUACUUAUUCGUCAUCGCAGAAAGCUUAGAAACAAUGCUUCCCUGUGAUCAGCAUGUAGUACAAAGCAUAAUUUCUUUACUGGCUGUUGGUUCUUUGAUGUGCGGACUGUGCGCCAUGAUUGUUUAUGGCAAGAUCUCCUAUGACGAUACUUCAGACGUCUGUACGCAGAUGGAAAAAUCGAACGUUGUGAGCGUAGAUAUUGUGAACAGACCAAACUGUAAAACGGAAGGCAAUGGUAUGGAUAAGACGAGAAGUGAGAAUAGAGAAUCGACCGUCACUACUGUUAUAUCGUGUAUUGCCGGCUCCUGUGCUGUGAUGAAGUUGUGGUUUAUUUCAGGGAUUUUGAAGGUUUGGGACGGCGACAUGGAUAUGGAGUUGGUAUUCAUUGAUGUAUGCAAUCAUACUUCGUAUGUUCGAGUUGGGAAAUUCUGCCAUGAUGUUGUAUCUCGUACACCGCCGCAUCACGCUCAAACGAAAGUCUUUUUUGCUGUGGACUGUUCGUUUUAGCAUUACUCAAUUUUAUAUAAUAAUUUUAUGUUGCAAUGUUGCGGAAACAUCUACAAGCAAUAUAAAAAGAUAAUUUUUAAGAAACGCUCAUUAGAAGUUCUUCAAUACGACUGUCCUUUAUAAACUUUGCUACUGUAUAACUGAAGCGUGACCCAACCUAUCAACCAUAUUUAGUUUUUUAACGUAAUCAGAAAUAGUCUGAUUUGUGGAAACAGUCAUUUAACUAUACAAAUCCUUCUAACUACAGUCUUUUAAGAGUCUUUUAAGUUCUUUGUAAUUUGUAAUAGAACACUGGACUUAAACUUUUGUGGUUUGUGGAAACACCACGCGUACAUUUAUUAUUGCAUAUUAAUUAUACAUAUUCUUGACUUAUAAUCGAUUAUUGCAAUAAUAAAUAUACGGUUAUAUGUUUCCACAAACCAUGAAACUGAAAGUUCAUAAUACGCGUCUCUUCUAACUAAGAUAUUUUUAUUAUUUAGUUAUUCUAUUAUUUAUAAACCAUAUUUAUUUAAAUUGCAAUUGCCCCCAAAACCAAAGCUGGCAAACGGCGGCUUGCAAUUUAAUUCGGAUUCUGGAUUGCGCUUCAUAUAGUAGAGCUUUAAGUGGAUCCAAAUUUAGAGACGACCAUUGUCGGAACGGCGGAUUUUGCUUCAAAUUUUGGCGGAUCGGCGAGUUUGUAUAUCCUUACUCCUCCCCCCCCCCCUCUCCAUUAUUUGUCAGAAAAAAUUGUGUUUGUCGGAAUAAUGUUGCCCCCUAAAACAUGGGACCCACGGCAUCCCUGCCAGAGCAUUAAUCUCUUCAUCUGAUGCGAGUAGCGAAUUCAAUAAUACUCCUCAAUAAUCCGAAAAUGCUUGUGAAAAGUUGAAAUCCAGCAUAAAAAUUGGGUCCAUGAAGAUUGCAGGAAUAACGAAAAAUGGCUUUCUAUUUUUUGAGCUGAGGGGUUAAAUUUUCUUUAUAGAAUUCUUCUUACGACUCAAGUUGAAACGAUUCUUCGGAGACCACAAUGAAAAGCAAGAUUUUAAAAUCGUAAACAAUCGCAUCGCUUUGUAGUCUAAUUUUGCCAUGAAUUACCACAUGGUGUACCACAAAGUAUCCUGACCGAGUGGGUAUUGGCAUCGUGUUCAUUAAUUUAAAGAUGCAUUAAAUUGGACGAAAAUAAACAAGUUCGUUGAAGCUCAAACUGUGCACAACAAAUUUUCUAUCAUUCAUUUUUGUAAAUGAAUGGCAUGGAAGUUUUGUUUUAUUCAACUCUGCAAAUUAAAUUAUAAUAAUUCUAUAUAGUAAAUUUCCAAUUAUUAAAGUAAUAUUCUAAAUCUAGAUAAAAAUAUUAUGUCGCGUCCUUUGGACUUUGGACAGAUUCAGUUCCAUAUCCGUUCUAUAUCCGAUAGGACCAUAUCACCAAUGGCGUGCGUUUUCGUCGUCGACGAAUGUAAAUUAGGACUUUGAAACCAUCUUUGGUCCAGGGGCGGAUCUAGGGGUGAUCAGAGCGAUCAUGCGACUAAGGUAAAAAUUGGCCAGAAAAUUGUUAAAUUAAAAUAGCAGUCCAGUUAUCUAAUUUCGCGCAGUGUAUUUAUCGAAAGUUUAACAGUCCAGUUCUAAGAUAUCAUCCAUGCAGUAGCAACGCCUUCGAACAUGAACGCGCAGAAAAGCGGUCUUACGCAUGAGUUUUGCACGCUCUGAGUCAGAUUCCAGCCACCUGAUUGGCUAUCUCGAUUUUUGCGCGAUCUGUGGGGAGUUCUGAUCGCUAAAGCGAUCAGGGGCUCGAAUAAAAGCUAUCCGAUUGGCUAAUUCAAAAAAAUCCUGAAUUCCCGUUGGCUGGAUUUUUUUGAUCGAUCAUACCGUUCAGGCUAAUAGUAUGCACGGAAAGGUCUAUGUAUUUAUGUAAAUUGCUGAAAUAUUAUGUAAAUUUCGUCUCUUAUUAUUAUACGCGUACGGCGUACCCGCCGAUUUUAUUGCAUAUGCGUUUUAUGGCAAUCGGAAAAUUUAUCAGAAGUUCUAAACACGAAACCGCAAAGGCUGCUUUAGAGAAAGACGAUCGACAAUAUCUUAAUUAACAAUAUCUUAAAGAUAUGUAACCGAAGCGUUCUAUUGAAGACUUAUUGAGCGCUGUGAACAUAACAAGCUUCUUCCUCGCACCGCGAAAUUUUGGUGCGGAAUCUUACAUCCCGAAGUACGUUCGAGAGAAAACAAAAAAGUUUUGUACGGCUUUAAGGUAAAUAUAUUCUAUUUUAACUAGAUAUAUCAUUAUAGCUGUUGUAGGCUGUAGUGGAUUGCGCGUCUGGACGUAAUAAGAGACGAAAUUUACAUACUAUAUUUCAGUCAAUUUACAUAAUACUGCGGCUUAAUACAAGCAGUUUCAGUUUGUUUAUAAUUUGUCUAUGCCUCUUGUGGAAUGUGGGCUUUAUAUAUUGAUCAGAUACUCAAUAAUACUGUAUUAUUUAUACCUAGUUGUCUAGUAUAUUAAAACUACAAGCACAUGACAAUGUGGCAUGGCUUUGUGUAAUACGAUCUCUACAUUAUGUAUACAACAAGUAAUGAAGUAAAAUGGAUCAUGUUGCCAUUGUGAAUAUUCAUGGCAUUUGUUUCUGCUAUGAAUAUUAAAACUCGGAAAGCAGUGAAUUAAACGCGGAAAUUUUCUUCCUGCGAAUUAACAAUCUUUUGACCAUUCAUGUAAAUUAAGGACAAAAUAUGGAGUUAUGUGUUUCCUAGGCAUGCUGACGAGCCCUGACAUUGGGCGAAACAGUAAUUUUUUACGUAACAUUUUUCGUAAAACAGGAUACAAAUUAAUUCGCUUUGCGACCCCCCCCCCCGGUAAAAGAACCCCUCCCUCGAUGUUCAGCAACGAAAUUUUUGACUAACGUACGAAAAAUCCUAGAUCCGCCCCUGCUUUGGUCGGACCUAAACAUGAUAACAGAAUAACAGCAAUAGGUAAAUUUAAUAGCAAUUUUUUAACUCUAUCUACAGGAAAUAUUUAAUAAAACCUAGAACACAAUGAAGGCCAUGAGCCAGAAAAUACUUGUUUGCAUGCCUAUAUCGAGACCUCUUCGAAUUCUAUUUCAAUAUUAAGGUUUGCUCUCAUAGUUAUUCCAUUUUCUAUGAUUUGAAAAUGAAUGACCAUCAUGCUUUCACGGUGCGAGGACUUCAGAUACAUAAAAUUAGCUGGGAAGAAAAUGGAGGUUUUAGCAUUAAACUUAACUCCGAAAACAUGUUUUCCGAAAAUAUUCUGCCUUGAUCGGAUAAAAUAAAAAUAACAAUUUUGACCCAGGUUUUUAUGACAAGUACAUGCACAUGGAAUUAAGCUAAUGUCGAACAAAAAGUGAAACAGGUCAUAACUGCCUGCACACAUUUUUCUUACCUUCAAUGCAAACCAUGGGCAUGAUAUUGUCGUUCCCUCUUCCAAUUUGUUCAGAAAAAGGCAUCAUUUCCUUCCCAUAUUUCUUUCGAUAACGUGUUGGUUUACGCUUUCCUUUUUGGAAUCGUACAGCUGUUUAAAACAAAAUAUGCACAAGUUAUUUGAACCUGCAGGUUAGGAGAUAUAGAAUACUUAAAAGAUGCUUAUAGAUAUAGUCUGGUGUGAAUUCCAGUUAGAGAGGAGAAAACCCACCGGGCACGACGUUGUUUCAACGUUGAAAUUUGGUAGAAAAAAGGUUGCGACGUCGACAACCUAAUAUCUACGUUGCUCUGACGUUGUUUUACAAACAUUGGUUCAACAGCCGCCAACAGACGUUGAAUUAACGUUUAUUCAUGGUUAAAUGUACGACGUCGAUUUGUGAACCAAUCUCAACGUUGUUUUAACGUGGAUUCAACUUUGAAUUAUGGUUGACGAGAUUGGCAACCUAAUUUCAACGUUGUUUCAACGUCGAAACAGUAACGUCAAAUAUGUAUGCAAAUUGUGCAUAGUCAACCCUUUUUCAACGUCUAUCUAACGUCUGGAAGGUCAUUUCCAACGUUGAUUCAACGUUGGAUAAACGUCAUUUUGCUCGCUGGGAAGCGAUGAAUGAUAGCAGCAACCAAGCAAUUUUUCGAACCCAAUAGUCAAUACACUUUUGUAUCAAAUACAGUCCUAUUAUCUUUUAAAUGCACAUACAAAUAGGUUUCCAAUGAGAGACGUUAGAGGACGAAACGUAUAGUUCAAGCUGCAAAAUAUUUGUAGUUUUGCUUAAAAUUUAACUGAAUGCAUGUGCGAAGAAUUCUAUCUUUAAUCUUAAAAAUUUAAAUAAAUUAGACGAGAUGGGAAUGUGGAAUAAAUUAAAAAUAAUAGCAACAGUUUAUAUAGAAAGAACUCGUCAAGUGUAAAACAAGUCAUUUUACAAUUUUUCUUCAUCUCUUCUUACUCUUGAGAUCCCUUAGUUUGUCGAGUAUGCAAUGAAAUACAAUGUAGACGUCACAAUCGGGUAAAAUACGUUUCAAAGACGCCAAGUCGCUAAUCUCAUAGUGCUCACUAUUCAAAAUAGCUGAAUUCGUUCAAAACUAUGUCGAUGAUUCUUUGAUACAAAAUUACGAACUUUUAGUCAUCUUUUACAUUUCAAGUAAACUGAAAUAUCUUCUACAACCAAAGAAAAGUUAUAAAAAUGUUAUGAACGAAAUUCUUUCAAUCUAAACAUAUUCAAAGCUCAUUGCCAAAACUUAUUUUUAACGAUAUGUAAAUCAACGUGCAUGAUAGUACAUGUCCUUAAAAGUUGAAAACACCGUACAUACGGACGCCUAUAAUCUACUUAGGUGUAUUUAAUUCAGUUAAAUCAUGGCCAUAAACUUCAACUAUCUGCUUUAAGGAGCAUUCUUCAGUUAAUUCACCGAUUUUAUCUACCUGUUGGUGGUGAUAACGACGAGAUGGUAAUUUAUACAUUACUAAUUAUCAUCAAGACAAAUUUGGCUAACGUUACUACGUUAUAUCGUAGCAACCCAAAUCCCAGUUCACAACUUUAGCUAACUUACAUGUCUAUAAUAUAUAGUUGCCAUUGUUCUAGUCAACAGCAUGGCGCGAGUGAUAGAACAAUGGCAACUAAACAUUAGAAUUAUGUAUAAGAGUUAUUCAUGUAGAUAAUUAUAUGUCAAUGCUAAAGCUUACUUACCUUCGUUCUAUUCUACGCUUCUGUAAACUAGAAGAAUGGUAACUAGGCAUGCGAGGUAUCUAAAGUUAUGAAUUGGGUAUAAACGUUAGCCAAAUUUUGUCUAUUGCAGGAUAUAAUUGCAACUUACAAAUUCUUGAAUUACGUGGUUUAGAAUUCUUUAUGACAAUGUCCGUUGCUCCACUAGGGAUGGUGACAAGUCUUUGGAAACGUUUGCGCAAAAUCUGACUGAAUGCCCCAGUAACAAGUCUUCCUACAAAUAUUAGAAUAAGGUUAGGCAUUAGACAUUUAUUUAAAUUAGAAACACAGUUUGGAAUAGUUAGAGAAUACAGUAACAUUACAAUUUUAGCCUUAUGACACCGAGCCUAUCUCAAUACAAUAUAUUCGAUAUAUUUAUAUUGUAUGUUGAUAUCGAGAAAGAAAAAAAUUCAUUCAAAAAUUUAGAACAAUGUUUGCCACGAACCGUAAAUCCCACACACCAGUAGUCAGGGACAUAGCGAAGUUUGGGGGCAGGGGGGGGGGGGUUAGGGAUCCAAUUACCUUACAUUUCAACUAACAUUACCUAAAAGCAGUGUUCGAAAUCUAGUAUAGUGUUUCGACGAGUACAUUCUAGGCAGAUCUUUCGAAAGCACAUAUUAGCACAGUGGAAUACGACGCUAAAUCUACUAGGGGGUUCCGGGAAGUGCUAGCCCAGACACAAUUGAAUAUUUAGACCCUAGAAUGCCCGAUAAUGCAACGAAAAUUUUGAAUUCUGGCCUUUCGUUCACUUUUAAGUUUCACGUUGGUCUGUCAAUGUUAUUCUCUUAUAAUUUACAUGGAAAUCAAGCUCAACCUCGGAUAACUCAUGAGCAAGUGUUUGGAGUUGUUAACGCCCCCGCCCAUGCUCUGAUUGCUCACGCCCUGCCAGUAAUAUUACUUUAGUUUCUAAACAAUAAAAUUUAUUAAAUGAAUCUUACUUGUGGGAGUAGGUGAAGAAGUUGGUCUGAUAGUUUCUGGUUGCGUAGAAGUUAGUUUUGCGUAGAAGUUGGUUUUGUCGUCGCUGGUUUUGUCGUAGCUGCUUUUGUCGUAGCAACUCCGGGCUGUGUCGUCCUAUUUCCGAUAACUACCGAUGUUGUUACGGGUGACGUCAUGGGUGGUUGUGUUCCAACAACGUAGUCCGGCAUGUCGUAGCAUGUGCCGCUGACACAUGCACCGCUAUCGUAAUCACAAUGGGUACCAUCAUCAACAUGACCAACGAGCAGAAAGUGAGUAUCACUAAUACGACAGUGCAGCUGACAAUCUCCUGAAAACGAACAAGAAAUUUUAAAUCGGUUGCUUGACGUGCAUGUUUAUAUUAUCGGGCAUAUAUAAUAAUAAUAAUAAAAUUAAUAAUAGGGCUUUCAAAACACAAACGAACGUAACAUGUGCGUUUCAGGAUUUUACUUUUCAAGAUCAUUUUUUCAGGUUCAAUUCCUGGCAAAGGGGCUAUAGUUGUAUUUUUCGCAGCUAUUCCUUAGUUAGGUGAGAAUAUAGAAGAAUUUGCACUCAAAAUUUCCAGCUUCCCAAACCCUUCAACAAUGUACGACUCAUAGAUUCUGACAAUGCAACAUUUGGAACAACAGAGAGCGAGAGUGCGCGACGCGGCGACUUAACCACGCGGGUUUGAAAUAUAGAAAUUGAUUAUGCAGAACAACAAGAAUCAAUAUGCGUUGUCCCAAGGUUAUCAUUAGCACUGUCAUUCUCAACACAACCAAAGACAACGCAAAAGCUUGUUGUGAGCGUUGAAGUCGAACUAAGUUUUGCACGAGCUUCAAGAAUUUAUCACAGUAAUCAAAUUGGUCAUUCCUGGGACAAAAUUGAACCGUUGAGUUUGCCGCGUCAGAUUUUGCACUCACAAAUAAAUUAGGCAGAACGGACAUCGAUUGCUCGAACAAUUUCAAGAUUAGCCAUUAUCUUAAGUAGAAAAUAAAACCUACUUGUUCCUUGGAAAUUGUGAGCAUCAGCCCUUUCUCCACGAGCUGCACAUUGUAAAUCACGGUGGCUCAAGUCUCCUGAACAUACCUAUAUAGAAAUACACGGUUUAAAAGGAAUAUUUAAUUUUUUUCUUGUUUACUUAUGAACGUUUUUCUAUCCAGCCCCAAUCUUCAAAGCCCAUUGUGUUAAACUGUCGACAGGCAGCCGUAUUAGUGACUCUGGACGAAGAGUUUUCGCUUGAAACGUCGAAAUUCUCCUUAUAUUUUUCAGGUAGUUGCAUCUCUACCAACGAAGCGUGUUACCUACACUGGCACAGACAGUUCACGCCCGACCUAUAUUACUUAGCAUUUGUGGUUGCGAAUUUUGUAUCAUCAUAAAUUCAAAAUCAUAUGCAUGAUAUCCUCCCCAUUCCUAUACCAAGGGACUGUCCAUAUGGAGCCGGGCUGGCGUUCGUGAAACGAAGCUCUUAUAAUGGUUCUGAUAAACAUUCGAAAUGUCAGUUGAAUUAGCGUGAUUUGAUUCCAGGAACAGUGUAAAGUUCAUUUCAACUAUCUUUCAUGGUCAAGGAAAAACGCGAAACGGUUCAUCCCGGCUCAUAUGAUCAAUCCCUAAGAACGAAGUGUUGAUUAAGUACAAUAAUAGCAUAGUUGCCCCGGGUUCUUUUGUUUCAACAGGGACGUUUAAUCACGUAUCGCCCGCUGUAGCGGGCGAUUAGUUCUAAUCGCCCGCUAGAGCGGGCGAUUAGAACUAAUCGCCCGUUACCAAGGGUCACACCUUUGUCUCCCUGACGACUACGCAUUAGGCAAGUGCCUCACGCACAUAAUCGUGCAAGGAACAGCAACAGUUAGCUCAGAGCCGUCAAUAGUCUAUCAUCCGAUCCCUGAGUUGCCGCAUCAUUUAAAUUACGCACGUGCAGUCUCCAAAUUUAUACUAAUAUAUUUAGCGUGUUUGUUGUGGUACGUUAAAUGAUAGAUUGCGCAUGCGUAACCGAUUAAAGCGUAAAAAGUGCGCAUGUGCAACAAGCUUUUACAUCCCACAAGCAAUGAAGCAAAUGUUUUAGCUUAAAUACGCUGAUUCCAAGUAGGGCAUGUUUGUCCAUUUUUAAAUCGGAGCGAAACUAUGCUAUUACAAACUAAUAGCAUGGCUUUUCGGGAGAUUAGUGAUUAAAUGACCCCUUACCCUCGGCAGGUUUGCGGAAUUCCCUCGGGCUUCGCCCUCGGGAAUUCCGCAAACCUGCCUCGAGUUACGGGGCCAUUUAAUCACUAAUCUCCCUCAAGCCAUGCUAUUACUUAUAAGUAUAGUUAGCAACUCAUCUGCAGUUUGAAACUUUUUUUUUUAUUUUGGGGAGGGGGUAUUUAAACCAGAUUUAAAUCUUUACUUUUGCCCCAAGAGCUUAGAGAUCAUUGAAUUUGGGGGCUCACGUAAACUUGAGAAUUACAAUAAAACACACACAACACGACAAAUUAGACCAAAUCGCUGAAUUACUCAUUUUGUAUAAUCUUCAAGAUCUUAAUUAGAACGUCCUGAUUCUUUAAUAAAUAACCUUAAUGUAGCAUAAAUUGCAGCAUUAGCAUUAAAUCGUUCAUUAAGGCAUCCACUUGUCGAGAUAAACUAAGCAACAGCCAGUCGUAUGAUGACAAGUGCUUCAAACUUAUUUGCAAAUAUGCGUCCUAAUUCUUUAAUGGACCAAGACGAUCGAGUAUCGCACAUUACAGAUUAGACUUAGGGUCAAGCAUCGCUUUCACGACGUUUGCAGGAUUAUAUUAAACUCACAUGAGUGUUGCACCAUUCUUGUACAAGUUCCUUGGUCUCUCCUUCACAAUCUUUUCCAUUCAUCGAGGGUUUUGGGUUCGUACAAGAUUUUGUUAAGAAUGUAACUCCACCACCACAACUGCGCAUGCAUGGUCCUGGACCCAUCCAAUCUGAGAGGCCACCAUCUAUACCUAGGGGUUAGAAAUUGGGACGAGUUUUUAGUAGGAUUUUUAAAAAGGCAGCCAAAUAAAAGCUAUAUAGCCUGCAUGAAAUAGGACCUGAAAAAAAUUCUAAACUAAUAUUGGUCU